AUGGCGGACUCGCCGGAGAGAUUCGGGGACACGGGCAUUAUCGAGCUCACGGGGAAGAUAAUGGUGGUCGCAAUCGUCCUCCUCCUCUUCAUCGUCCUCUUCGUCUUCUUCCUCCACCUCUACGCCAAGCAUUUCUGGUACCGCCGCCACGAAAACCCCAGCUCCGCCGCCCCCGACCCCCUCCACCGCCGCCGCCGCCGCCGCGCCUCCGGCCACCAGGAUCUGGCCGUCCCCCGCCGCGGCCUCGACCCAUCUGUCCUCAAAACCCUACCCAUCAUCACAUUCGACCCGAAAUCAUUCGAAAACGGGCUCGAAUGCGCGAUUUGCCUGUCCGAAAUCUCCCUAGGCGAAAAAACGAGGUUCUUGCCAAAAUGCAGCCAUGGAUUUCACCUCGAAUGCAUUGGCAUGUGGUUCGAGUCCCAUUCCACGUGUCCUCUGUGUCGAAAACCCGUCGAUGAUAAUAACCCUAACCGGUUAGAAUCGAGCCUUGACCCGCCAUUGGAUUCCGUCACAAUUCAAAUCCCGCCACUCGAGAAUUUAAAUAAUAGUUUUCCUACCGAGGCACCGAAUUUCCCGACUAAUGUGUUGAUUUGGGGAGACGAGACUCGAGUCACCACGUUCGGUUCUUCUUCGGUUGAGGAGAAUAAUCGUAACAAUAUUGUUGUUGAGCAAUCAUUGGUAGGGUCCACAAGUGGCUCGCAUGAUGUGAUAUCGACGGUUGAGAUUGCACGUGGGUUGAAUGAGGAUGACGAACAAAAGCCUUCAAAUUCAAUGCCAACGGGACUUAGAUCGAUAAAGAGGCUUUUGAGUUAUAGUAAUAAUAAUAGAAAGGUUAAUCCUUCUAGUUCGAGAGAUUCGGAUUUUUCGAGCUAG